GCCAUCCCGUGACUGGGGUUCCUUGCAUUGAGAUUAGUCCCGAUCAAGGUUAGCUCCAUCCCCACUCCGUGGCCUCAGGCACUGUCGUUGCCAUGCGAAACGAGGCUGUUGUUUGGACGAUUAUCGUUAGCUCAAUUCGAUGCUCCACCCCUUUAGCUGCCCGACUCUUCCUCUCUUUUUGAACUCUCGUUGUUGCCGCGAAACUUAGAGCUCUUCCAAACGGCUUACGGCUGACCCCAAAGCUUGCCAAUUUUCACCUCCCCUGGAUGAGAAUCGUCCGAUUCGUCGCAGGCCUGUCAGACCGGAGUCGUUAGUUGGGUCCGAUCAUUUGCGCAACCAUGGCGGACGAUAUGGCGAACCGUUAUCAGGUGAUGGAGGAAUUGGGAAGUGGGAGUUUCGGAACCGUUUACAAGGCCAUUGACAAGCAUACUGGCGAGAUUGUUGCUGUCAAACAUAUCGAUCUCGAGUCCAGUGAAGAUGAUAUCCAGGAAAUCCAGCAAGAGAUCUCCGUCCUGGCCACUUGCGCUAGUGCGUUUGUUACACAAUACAAAGCUAGUUUCUUGAAGGGGCAUAAGCUUUGGAUUGUUAUGGAAUACCUGGGCGGUGGAUCAUGCUUGGACCUGUUGAAACCAGGUGUAUUCAACGAAGCGCAUGUCGCAAUCGUCUGCCAGCAACUACUACAGGGCCUCGAGUACCUACACGCCGAAGGAAAAAUUCACCGUGACGUCAAGGCUGCCAACGUCUUACUCUCAAAUACAGGAAAGGUGAAGCUGGCAGACUUUGGCGUGGCUGCGCAGUUGGUCAACAUCAAGUCUCAGCGUAACACGUUCGUGGGGACUCCGUUUUGGAUGGCGCCGGAGGUAAUUCAGCAGGCUGGUUACGACUUCAAGGCAGACAUCUGGUCUCUAGGUAUUACUGCGAUCGAAAUGAUCAAUGGCGAGCCGCCGCAUGCGAGCACACAUCCGAUGAAGGUCUUGUUCCUUAUUCCGAAGCAGCCUGCGCCUCGUCUCGAGGGUAAUGAUUACAGCAACACCUUCAAAGACUUUGUUGCGCAGUGCUUGACUAAAGACCCGGACCGCCGACCCAGCGCAAAGGAGUUGCUGCGACACAAAUUCAUUCGAAAUGCCGGAAAGACGGAGGCACUGCAGGAGUUGAUCCAGCGCAAGCAGGAAUGGGACGCUGGUCGAGGAGGCUCCAAGGACGUGAAGUACUACGCCGAGUCUCUCAACACGCUCACGAGGCCACCUCCUCCCGAAGACGACGAGGACUGGGUCUUUGAUACCGUGAAAGCACCAACGAUGUGGGUGCCCAAGGGCAAGGACUGGUCUACCCUUGAUGAAGAGGAUGACGAUUGCGACCCAGCCGAGCUGUUGCAAGAUAUGCACAUUUCUCAACCACCCCCAGCACCUCCGAAGCACCAGGUCAAUCCGGCCGUCCAAGCUAACUCGACCGUCCGACGUACCCCGACCGUCGAGCGAUCAGCUGAACGAUCCCCUUCUAUCCGGCGUGCUAACACCAAACGCCGAUCUAGUGGUGUCAAGCAGCCGUUGGGCCUGGAUUUGAGCUUUGGCAACAGCCCAUCCACUGUUCGCCAAUUCCGUCGUGUUUCGGAUAAGGUCCCGAGCGAGUCUACGACCCCCAAGGUUCCACCCGGGUUCGACGAGAAUACCAGCCCCAAGCAAUUCUCCUCUUCUGAAUCGACUAGCAAAGAGGCUCAACUGGGACAUCGUGCCUACAGUAGGGCCGUCGGUAUAUCCUGCCAGGAGGUCCUGGCCAAUACCGGAGACGGCGAGAAACGAGAAGCCAUCUCCCGACUGGCGGAGGCCUGGAGUGAUCUGGAGAUGGUCGAUCCGGAGGGUCUCUACCACAUUAUCCGAACCAUGAAUGAGCGACUCCAAGCCGACCCCCGCCUCGCCUCCUUGAUCCCCGCAGCCCCCGCUCAACCUGACUCUCCCUCCCGCCCUCGUUUAGUGCUGGCACAAAAUAACCCGCACCUCAAGAGCCACCGCCGCCGACAAUCAACGCAUGUGGUUGACCCGAUGCCCCAGUCUCCACCUCGCUCAAGCAUGCCCGGUCAAAAUGUGCCUGGCAUGGAACACACCAAACAACUUUCCGAUGUACUCUACCAGCGUUGGGCAGAGGGACUCCGCAACCGAUGGGGAAUCUAGGUAAACGCUAGCUUCCUUACAUCACGCAGUCUCUUCCCUGCCGUGUCUUUCAUCUCUCGCGUGCUCCGAUGGAGUAUUGUUCACAUUCGUUGUAUAGACCAUUUUGGCGUUUUUGAUCCGUUUCUAUAACCCCCCUUGCGAUCGUUCAUCUACCGUUCCGAGCUUGCCGCCGGCUUUGCAUUCUUGGUGUCCAUUCAUUUCCCUUCUUUUUGAUUAUUUUCCCGCUUCUUGGUCCCUCAGCGGGAUAGGGCCUGGAGUUUUCUGUAUGACCAUGAUGUGGUGUAGUAUUGUCUUGAGUUUGAUUUGUCUUCAUGUUCGGUUGUUCCAUUGUUUACUUUUUACCACUUUGCACCCCCCAACAGAAAUGUGUGCAGGGCCUAGUGUCUUACUCGGACCCUUUGUGUUUAUUCUGCUCUUCUUCAUACAUAGAUGGCUGUUUUGAUGUCUGCCCGUUGUGAUUUAUGUGUGUUGUUCUCGUUGGUGUUUUGCGAACCCCCCCUGCUUCCGCUGUAUUGUGUAUUGUGUGGGGAAAGUAAGGGGUUCCCCAAACGAGCAAAUCUAUCUUUGAAAUCUCUGUGAGAAAUUGAGAAGUUGCUAUAUAUGAUCUGAUUGGACUAUUCUCGCUGUUUUGUUGACCUGGGGAUUUCAAUUGCAUCUCUGGAUAGAGUUUCCC